GGGAGCCACUGUGUCGCGGCUACGCAGUGGCUCCCGUUUGGGGCCGAGGAGCAAUAUGGCGGAUCGCCUCACUCAGCUGCAGGACGCUGUUAAUUCGCUUGCAGAUCAGUUUUGUAACGCCAUUGGAGUAUUGCAGCAGUGCGGGCCUCCUGCCUCUUUCAGCAACAUCCAGACAUCAAUUAACAAAGAUCAGCCAGCCAACCCAACAGAAGAAUAUGCCCAGCUUUUUGCAGCACUGAUUGCACGAACAGCAAAAGACAUCGAUGUUUUGAUAGAUUCCUUACCCAGUGAAGAAUCUACAGCUGCUUUACAGGCAGCAAGCUUGUAUAAGUUGGAAGAAGAAAACCAUGAGGCUGCUACGUGCCUGGAGGACGUUGUUUAUCGCGGGGAUGUGCUUCUGGAAAAGAUACAGAGUGCACUUGCUGACAUUGCACAGUCGCAGCUGAAGACACGGAGCAGUGCCCAUCACCAGGCCCUUGCAGACUCAUAGUGCCCAGAGUCCACUGUGUGGCCGAGGAAAGAACUGUUUCAGUGCCCAUUAGGAAUUCUGCAUCAGUUUUAGAUAUAAGCCUUACCUUAUCUGUCAACACUUAUGGAAGUGAGAAGCAGUAUAACACAGGCAAACUUUUUAGCUUUUAACUAGGCUUUCAUUGUCACUCUUGGUGCAUCUGUAAAGUUGAACCAUAUUUAAACCAUCAUUAUACCCUCUUUUUAUUAUUUUGUUUUUUUACUUUUCUGAAGAGAUUGAUGCAGAUAAUACAUUACUCGUCAGAAUAA